UAUUUUAAGAUAUUUCUCGCCAUUACUUAGAAUAUUAUCGAUUUCCACCAUUCGUACGAGUAUUUUUCGCGAAAACGGUGAUAUUUACGAUGAUAUUGCGCCUACUAACUAUUUAGCUUGGUUUUUAAUCUCGCUACAGUGCAUUGUUUAUUUGUGGUGUAUUUUAUCAGGUUACACUUUACAUACGUAGAUUUUCGGUUAGCUGUAGCGAACCUUUUUUUCAAAGUGUUUGAAUCGAGGCUUUGUCUAAAUAGAUCCGUUUGUUUUUAUCUGCAUUAACACGUUCCCUAUGUUUAGGUACUGCUGAUAAAUCACCACUAAGAUGGCGGCGAUACGUAAGAAAUUGGUUAUCGUAGGAGACGGCGCUUGCGGUAAAACUUGCCUGUUGAUCGUGUUCAGCAAAGAUCAAUUUCCAGAAGUCUACGUACCGACUGUGUUUGAGAAUUAUGUAGCCGAUAUCGAAGUCGACGGAAAACAAGUCGAAUUAGCCUUAUGGGAUACGGCCGGUCAAGAAGAUUACGACCGUUUACGUCCACUUUCUUAUCCAGACACCGAUGUAAUUCUAAUGUGUUUCUCGAUCGACUCGCCCGACUCGUUAGAAAACAUACCGGAAAAAUGGACCCCAGAAGUGAAACAUUUCUGCCCGAAUGUACCGAUUAUCUUAGUGGGUAACAAGAAAGACUUACGGAAUGAUCCGGUCACCAUUAAAGAAUUGGCCAAAAUGAAACAAGAACCCGUCAAGCCUGAGGAAGGUCGUGCCAUGGCCGAAAAGAUCAACGCUUUCGCAUAUUUGGAAUGCUCGGCCAAAAGCAAGGAAGGUGUUAGAGAAGUCUUCGAAACUUCUACCAGAGCCGCCUUACAAGUAAAAAAGAAGAAGAAAGGUCGUUGUCGUUUGUUGUAAUCCAUAUUUUGGCAUUUCUCCCUUCUCCCCUUCUUACUUUUUUUUUCUAAACUCAACGGUGCGAUCGAAUAUAUAUACAAAAAAAAACGUCAUUUUUUUCGAUAACUUCAAUUUUUUUUCAUUUAUAAUUUUCGUAUUUUUAAACUACAAAAAAAAAACAUUUUGUAUUUUUAAUUAUCGUACUUGUUUUUUUUUCUGAUUUUCGUUCGACGCAGAUUAUUAUAUAUUUUUUUUUUGUUGUUGGAAAAUUCGAUCAAAAUACUUUCAUCAGCGGCGCUUCUUUUAGGGUACUCGCUUUCGAGUCAAUUCAUUAUGUUUUACUUUCGUGUAAAAAUAGAGAGAAUUUGUUUUUAUAAUUUUUAACGUUGAUAAUUUUUUCCUAAAAAUGCCAGGGUACUUAUUAUAGGAAAAAUGUCGAUAUUGCAUUUUAAAGCGAGAUGUCCACGUUCGUCGUCGUCUUCAGUUCAGAGAUACGAUAAAUUUUCUCAUUUUAAACGUACCAUAAGUUUAAAUUUGACGAAAAUUUCAACGAAUUACCUCGUAUUAUAUGUUUACCACGCUCACACACACACCUCCUCUUGAGUAAACCGAUUUUUCGUCCUGUUUUUUUGUAUUUCUUCUUCUGUGAAACCCACCGAUUGGAAAUUUUUAUAAACAAUUUUUUUUUUUUCGUUCACUGUGAGAUUGCAUUUGUUUACCGAAAAAAUAACGCGCACCACGAGAACAAAACCAGUUUAAUUGAUUUUUCUUUCUUUCUUUUUUUUUUUUGCAAAAUAACUAUAAAUAGGUUUUUUUCGAUACUUACUUAAGCGCUUUAUAUUUUUUUUUCAUUCGCGUUGAUUUUUUUUGUACAAUUUUUUUUAUUACAUGUGUCGUAUUUUUUAAGUUUUUUUUUUCUCUCUAUCUCUCUUUUAUCUUUCUGUAUUACCACGCAAAAAUAUUAACGAUUUUCUUCCUGCUCCUGCUCCUGCUCGAAAAUUUAUUUUAAAAUAUCGAACGUGUGUGCAGUUUUUUUUUUUUUUACCUACAUGUUUCGUCGUUUUAUAUAUUAUGUGGAUUGAAAAAAAAAAGUCAAAGUUAAUUUUUUUUUUAGAUUUCCCCAUUUUUUUACUGUAAAUUCUCUACUAUGGAUAAUCAACAUUGCAUGUUUAUUGAUAUAUAUUUUUUUUGUUAAAUUAUUAAUGUUAUAAAGUAUCGAUAUAUUUUAUAUGUGUAUGCGUUAGCAUUUUAAAUAUCGCCUAACCUUUUUAUUAUAUGUAUUGUGAAAUUA